AAUUAUUUAAAAAAAAUAUUUGUUAUUGAAUUCCUAUCCCUCUAAAUAGAAAUAGAAAAAAACAAAAUCCUCAAUUUCUUCACUCUUUGUAUCUACUGCUCAGCCUCGUCUCUCUUGCUUCCUCUCAUGGCGACCGGCGCUGCCCCCUUUUCUUUGUCAGGUGCAACUCAUGUCAAAGCAUGCGAACCUUGGUCUGCAAAGUCCUCCUCGUUUGUCAAGACACCUAUGGUGACUAUUCAGAGGAAAUCAAACUCUCAAGGAACAAAAACCUCCAAGUUGUCUAUUCGUGCAAACUACAGUGAUCAAAGAGGUGGAGGUGGCCAUGGUGGUGAUUUUGUUGCCGGUUUCCUUUUAGGAGGUGCAAUAUUUGGAACACUUGGCUAUAUUUUUGCUCCACAGAUACGGAGGUCAUUGCUCAAUGAAGAUGAAUAUGGUUUCCGGAAAGCCAAGCGACCAAUGUACUAUUACGAUGAAGGUUUAGAGAAAACUAGGCAAACUUUGAACAAUAAGCUAGAUCAACUGAACAGCGCCAUUGACAAAGUAUCUUCAGGGUUGAGAGGUGGAAACAAAAUGCCUUCAGUGCCUGUUGAGAGUGAUGCAGAAGAAGCUACUAUGUGAGAGAACUGGUCUUGUUCCUCUUUAUGAUCAAUCAUAGGACUCUACACAAAAGGAGGAAAUUUGGGGAUAUUGAAACAGUAUAAGGAUCAUAAAGUUUCUAGUCUUACCAGUUAUUUUAUUGUCUUCUGAAUCUUUUGGAGAUGUUUCAUCAUGGAACUUUAAAGAAAAAAAGAACAAAAAUAUGAUUUCCAGGAAGUCUAAGACUUAUGAGUGAAAACUAGUUAUUCACUUGAAUAGUCCUCGAAUUUGAAUUUUAAUUCUUCAAGCAGCAUUUGCAGAUAUUGAAGUUCAGUAUUUAAAAUGUUGAAAUA